CUGAUCUGAACUGUCAUCCCCCCGACCUGGUGAUGAGGUUGCCUCUAUAAUAUUUCAUCUACUGUUUUUGGAUGUGCAAUGCCACUGCUUCCAGAGUCAGUGGAGGCAGAGCACUUUGACGGACUAUCCCUGCUCUACUGGACAAUCAUGGGUCCACACGGCAUCAACCGUGCUGUGCAAAGACUGGAAUUCUCCGACUGCAGACAAGGACUUGGGGUGAAGAUUAUUGGAGGUUACAGAGAACUGAGUGGUGAAGAAUUUGGGAUUUUCAUUAAGCGAGUGUUACCUGGUGGAGUUGCAGCACAAGAUGGACGACUUAAAGCAGGUGACCUCAUUUUAGAUGUCAACAACAUGAAUUUAGCAGGCGUUACAAAUGAAAGGGCAGUGGAGAUUCUUCGCAUGGCAUCGUCGACGAAUCACAUGUCUCUUCUGAUCGCCCGUGAUGAGGAAUCCAGGAGAGAGUUUGCUGAGCUCAUGGAGAAAUAUGGCUCUAACAGCAAUACUAACACAGGAAUGGGCCGGAUUUCUCCUACUCUUCUCUCCACAGGUAAAUUGACUGAGACUGCAUCAUCAUCGUCAUCCUCCAGAUCAACAAGCCCGCAGAUCUUGAGUCCAAAAGACUGUAGCACGAACACAAUUACUCCGCAGGUCUGCUGCAACUGCAUGAUUCAGCUGAUAUGUGUUGCAAAGGGGACAGGACUAGGCUUGGUCAUUAAAGGUGGAGCAAACCGCGCAGAAGGGCCAAUGGUGUUCAUUCAGGAACUCAUGCCUGGAGGAGACUGCCAGAGGGAUGGAAGAUUAAAAGCAGGAGAUCAACUCGUAUCAAUCAAUAAAGAAUCCUUAAUUGGAGUUACAUAUGAGGAGGCCAAAAGCAUAUUAACCAGAACAAAGCUGAGACCUGACCCAACAGUGGAAAUAGCGUUUAUCAGAAGGAGGUCUUCCUCUGGCUCCAGCAGUGGUCCACAUAGCCCCAUUUUCCUGCAGCCCCUAUUGACUACAGGCUCCCAGCUCAGACCACUGGCCCUUGGGGGAGUAGCUGUAACUAUGCCAGGAGGACUAGUGCCCAAAAUAAAUACUCCUAUCUCUGGAAGUGAGACUCUGCCUUCUGUUAAACUUACUCAGGUACGAGCAGUACCAGUGAAACCUGACCUUCAUUCAGUCACUACCACUGACAGUGUCUGCACCACAGUGGACAACUCUGUUUCGUCUUCAGAUGCCUGUAAGUUCAGUACCACGGUCACCGUCACUCAGCCGAAAGCUUCCUCCCUCACGUCUAGCUGCCGAAUCAAAGUGGAGAAGCUGGAGCAGGCACUGGAGGUUUUGGGUGUAAAGCUGACUGAGUCUCAGCUCCAGAUACUGAGAGAGAGACUCCAAGUGGACCAAGGAGGAACAGUAGCCUAUGGAGAUUUUGAGACUCUGACAAAGGAAUUCCUGAAGUUGACGAACAAAUCAGGUUUGCUGCGACAGCAAACCUCCAUUCUCACUUCUGAUGAUCUGACUGACUCUUCAUCAAACCAGCAGGUAUCAACGUCUGACUCCGAUGACCUGGAUGAGAUGGAGCGAAUAAGAAAAGAUCACAUUGAAGCCUUAAGAGAAAUAAAGAGUCUGCAGGAUAAGUUGGCUGAGACUGAGUCCCUGUGUCAGGAAAUGCAGCAGGAGCUAAAUAAAGUUAAGCAGGAGGCAAAAGCGGCUGUGGAUGAGAGAAGAUCUCUGCAGACACAGGUCCAGCUGGCUGAGGCUGCGCAGAAUCAGGCACAGGGGAUAGAGAUGGACUAUGAAGAGGUCAUCCAUCUCCUGGAGGAAGAGAUAGCAGAGAUGAAGUCUCAGAGAGCAGAAAAGUCAGACCAACCCAAGGAGGAUCAGGAUUUGAAGAAAAGGAUUGCUUUGCUUGAGUGUCAGCUGCGGAAAAGCGAAGUUGCAAAGAAAGGCUUUGAAAUUUCUACGGGCAAACUUCUACACUUUGUGGAGGGCAUUCAAGACUUCCUAACAGAGACUCAAGAAUCUUUCAGGACUCAUAGUUCUGAAAGUGAGUCAAAGCUGUCUCAAACUCUGGCUACACAAAGUGGGAGGAAAAUGUCUGGAUCUGUUGCUCUAGAGGCUCAGGAGCUCAUUCACACAGUUCAAACCAUCAUAGAGGUGGAUUGUUUACCCUAUGGUUGGGAGGAAGCAUAUACUUCAAAUGGAGCCAAAUACUACAUCAACCAUGUGACUCAGACAACAUCAUGGACCCACCCUGUGAUGAGCUCCUUGGGUCUGUGUAAACCAGAGGCAAACAAACCAAUACAGAACUCACCAGAGUCCAAAAGCUAGACCCAAUCUCAGAAAAAUAGCACAUUUUCUGAAGAUUAUUUGUUUUGCAAACAAACAAAAAAUAACUAAAUCUUUACGUGAAGGUUAAAUUCAAUUUCAAGGUUCAUUUUACCAGUAUAAUACUGGUGUGGUAUUUUCCUGAUUGUUUUUUUUUUUUUUUGGAAGACACAGUGGUGGAGAUGCAUGUUGAUACAAUUUACAUUAAGAGCAUUUGGCAACGAUUACAAAUGUGCUGUCUUUCUAUACCAGAGUUAUCCUGAAGCUCAGACGUGAUGCCUGAACAAUAGCAAGUGCCAGAUCUCAGCAGUGAGGCUGUUCACAGUAUCUGUUAACACUAUUUAUAAUGCCCUACAGAUUGUAGUUAUUCUUAAUUGAAGCUUUAACAUAAAGAUUUGUGAUCUAAAUCUAUAUCUGCUUAAGCUUCUGGUCCCACAGAAAAGGGCCAAGGUUUAAAACAUAAACACAUAUACAUUCCUGUUUACCUCCUUUUCUUUUAUCACACAAGCUUCCCCAGUAAUUUCAUUUCGGUCUUCAAUGUUUUCCAGUUUUCUUCACCAACUCUCAGACCUAGCCCUUUCACCAUUUCCGUUCUUCAGAAAAUUCAAACAGUCUUAUAACCAAACAAAUCUGUAAGAAAGUACAGUGAUCUUAGCCAAGCCCUAAUCAUUAAACCUGGAGUAAAUACACUGUAGCUUUGACUGGCAUACACAUAGCACACAGGUAGCUUAGUUACCAUUCUGUCAAUAACAAAUCUGCAAUGAACAGUGUUUUAAUUAGUAUUCGACUUUUCUAGGUGGCUCUCAAAAUCUGCUCCAGAGAAAUGAAACACUGUCCACAAUUCACAAUGAUGUAUUACUUUCAUAUUUCAUUCUUGUGCAGUCUGAUUUUCUCAACACAGCAAAGCAAUACUCGUCUGUUGUAAUCAUAUGUGAAGUUUAUAACUGUUAAGAGGCAUAGCACACAUGUGAACUUUCAUACAGCUGCAUGUGUGGAUCUACCCUAAGCCUUAUAUUGAUAUUUUCUGAAAAGUAUAUCUUGAAGGUUUGCUUUGCUAAGUGCUCAUUUACUUAAAACUUUUAUUAUUUAAACAUGCUAACGACAGAUAUACAGUAGAAUUAUGUGGUCAGAUCUUUAAUUAGAUAUGUUCCCUGUUUUAUUUGGGAAUACAUUAUGAUUUUGU